GCGGAGCGGCCGCCGCGGGCCGGACGCGCCCAGGUUACCGUGACAACGGCGUCGGCCGAGCGAGCUGCCCGGCCUCGGCGGACCCCGCUGCCCGCCCGUCCGCCCAUGCCGCGGAAAGCGCUGCGCUGCGUCCUGCAGCUGGAGCUCCGCUCGAUAACUUGUCCUGGAGUGCUGCUGAAAGACAAACAGGAACUUUAUCUUGGAGUCUUUGUACUUGGGCAGUACAACAAAACUGAAUGUGUCCCUGCAGUGUUCCCACUCUUCUUUCAAGAAAGACUAGUAUUUGAAAAGGCAUUUGCUAACAUAGUUGAUCCUGGAGACCUUAUGAAGUUACUGGAGUUUGACACAGCAGUACUUGAACUAAUACAGCUCGUUCCUCCAGUGGGAAAAGUUCUGGCUACGUACGAAGAAAAUACAAGAGAUUUCCUGUUCCCUGACCCUAAGCUUACCCAUGGGCACCGUGGUUUGGUGCGUGAGAUUUUAAUGAAGAGGUCCCCGUCUUUCACAGGAAUUGCACCAAAAUUGAGAUUUUCUACAAACUCCCUUAUUUCAGACAGUCUGUUAAGCUUAGGAAGGAGUCACAUACAGGCUGAUAUGAACUGGGUGCAUCAUUCAGCCCUAAAUGGAAAAAUGCAGACAAAGCUACCAAAGAAAAGCCCUCCUUUGGCUGAGAAGGGCAGGCAGAGCUCGGCAGUGAGGAGCUACGAGCAGCCCACCAUCGCCUCCAAGUCGCACUCCCCCUCCCCGUACACCAAGCGCCGCAUGUGCGAGCUCUCGGAGGAGGCCAGGCAGAGACUGGCCCACCUGAACCUGGGGCCUCACGAGUUCAGGAGAGACACUGACAAACCUCCCUUUGUCAUCAGACGGGUUGGACAACCAAGUCCUGGCAUUAAACUUCAUCCCUGGUGUUCCCUGCGAGAAAGCACAGCAGAAGUCUGGCCCAAGGCACCCCAUGAUCCUUCCCCUCUCAACAGCUACAGACCCAAGAAAACUGAAGCGAAAUCUACCAGUGGAAAAGGCUUGGACAGUUCUGCUCUUUGCAAGGAGGAUGUGAGCCCAGAUCCAUCCAACAGGGAGUCCCAUUCUGCUGCUUCUUUGGAGCAUUCAGCACCUCCAGCAGGUCAGGAGCCUUCUCCAAGUUCUGUGCUGAAUCGAUCUUCUCUGAGGGAAAGAUUUAGCACUGGUUGGCCUUCACCAGCAAAUGGAGAUGAGAUCCAUAAAAGAGUGAAAAAUAUUUUAAGGACACACAGUGCUAGACAGCGCCUAGUAUUUGAUGAUUUGCCUCAGACAAGAGAAGCUCCUUCAGUUUAUGUGCCCUUAACCAUGAGUGAGCUGCAGAGCAGUUCUCCAGUGCAGCAGAACGCUCCUGUUCACUUGGAUAAUGGUGAUUGUUGGUCUGGUCCUGCAGCUGUGUACAAAGAGAAGCCUCACAGAGCAAUCUUGGAGGAGACUCUCGCAAAAAUAUAUGGAAACAUGUACCAAAAAGCUGCUGGUGCUGUUUCAGACCACAAAACACAUUCCUGAGAGCAACUCACCUGAAAACGCACACUAUACAGUAUUUGUAACUAAACUUAUUUUUAUACAACAAUAUUUGUACUCUGUUUUUUAAGGUGUCUUAUGGUUAGGCAGGGUUUUGGAGAAAUGGGGAUUUGGCCUGGGCUGAAAAAAGGAAAUUAUUAACAUUCACCCUCCCAGAAAAGAAACAAAUAAUCCCUAACAAAAAAUCCUCUCCACAGUUAAGCAGGAUGGUGUUGCUCCUUUGAGAGUCUGAGCAUUGGGUCAUCUGAAGACUAAUAGGUCUACUGGACAUUUCUGUAUGACAUCAACUCAGGUUUCAGCUGAAGACAGUUCUUACUAAAAAUCUAAAUCUAUUUAGCAAUUUAAACAGAAUUGGUUGAAGAGGCAGUAUGCCCUGGUGGUCCAAGUGGGGACCUAAAGGGGAAAGUGAAUGUGAAUGUUGGUUUAAAAGUGACCCACCUAGGACAAAGAUAAUUGUUUUCUAGACAAUUGCCUUUGAAUUCUUGAUUUUGGACAAACUCUGGUACUAUAGGACCCAUAGGCAUGUAUUUGAAGUGCUUUUGAGCCCCUUUGGUCAGAAUUAGUUCUAAUACUGUGAGAUUUUAAAAGAAAACCACCCAGCCCAGCAGCCUUUGUGUGAGAUGAAAGGUUAUCUUCACACAGCUUUGCAUUUGAAAGCUUCCAUGUUCUCCUAAAUGCAGCCAUGACAUUUGCCAAUACACUUGUCAUUUUAAAAAUAUGAAUGAGAAAGGACUGUGCAGGGGGAAAGACCAGAGCUAGUCAGCAAGCUCCUUGUGUUCUGUACAGGCCUUCUGAAAUUUCUGCAUCACAAUCCCACCUAAUUUGGAGCCUGUCCUUCCCAGUCUGCUGGGAUCCUGUUGGCAGCAAUCACUUCGUUUUUGCUAAAGGCCACCAAAUGUUCAUCAGCAGUUUGAUGCUUUCCCCAGGGAUGGAACCUUUUCAGCCUUGCACUGAGCAGAUCCCACAUUAGCAGACCAGGGCAAAUUGCCCUUCCAUUGAAAAGCUGAAUGUUUUAAAAGGGCAAGAGUGUCCAUCUCCUGCUUCCCCCCAGAAUGCGGAAAAAACAAAUGCCUGUUCUGGCUGCCUCCCUCUCGGAGCAAACAGAGGCAGCUCCACCGAUGCCAUUUUACCUGUUGUGAUUAGAUAGAGGAUAAAGCUAGCAGUACAGAUGGCACAGCAUAUGACUGGAACCUGCCAGCAUGCCUACAUAAACAAAAAGUUGGUCUAUUCUGCCUUCCCUCCUUUAAUGCUGAGACAACAUAAUUGAUUUGAGAAAGCAGUUGGUGAGCAAUUCCGCUGGUGGGAGAGCACGUGGAGAGGCUGUGUGCUGCUGUUUCAGGCAAGGGCACUCUCAGAGGAAGUGUCUCACAUACAGACAUUUCUAUUUCUUGUAACUGUUGGACCAGUUGAAGUGGAUUAACACUGAUAACUUCCUGUCCCUGCUGCCAUUUAGCACAUUAGUGCUUUCAGAGGGCAUUAGUGGCACCGUCUCAUGCUAUGGAAAAGUGCCGAGUCACUCUGUGAGGUAGCAGGACGCUUCUUUUUUUGCAGAAGGGAAAAGUAAAACUUGCCUAAGCUGUGUCCCUGAAGGCAUGGAGGCCAUGGAGGGUUGUGCUACCAGGACCUGGUGUUCUCUGGCCUCUCCGGUGACCCCAUAUUAGUUCACAAAGGAAUAGUUUUCUUUCUGAUCAGAGUAGCUGUGUUGAAGUAGAUCUUAAAUAGGCAGGGCAGAU